GUUCCACAAUACUCCUUCUUCAUCCUCUUCUUUUAAUUAUUAUAUAUUCGAUUAUCACCACAUUACCUCGAUCUUCCCAACAGUAAACCAAUCUCUUUUACCUAUUUUUUGAUUUGAAUUUCAUUAGUAUCCAACUUCCCCACCACCCUGCACUAACUAGUCCCCAUCCAAUUUGAAUCCUCUUCAAAUUCCAACUUUUUUCAUCACCAAAACAAACCUCUAGUAUUAAUCGUCGCUGUAUUAUUGUUUGUCAUUUGAAUUGGCAAGGCAAUCAUGGAGGAGAAGCCGCUUCUGAAAGAGGAUCAAGAGCCCUUCCAUCUCAAAACCAUCAUUGCAAAGAAGCAAUCCCAACUCAAAUUAACCUCAGCCAACCUCGUUCCUCAAGCGGCUCAAGGAUCGGAGUAAGAACUGGAAGCGGGCCAUCGAGGUAAUUGAAAUUCCAGAAUAGAAUAAUAAUAACGAACAAGAUAAAUCGGCGUCGACCAGCAGCCGUGUUUCCGAGUUUUGUGUAGGCGAUGACUCGACUUUCUGCACAACUCCAUUUACAUUCUCUUUCCACCGGAGCCCCUCCUCGACUGGCCGCCCACGUAAAACAGGAGAAGGAAAAUUCGGACAAUAAUCAAGGAGAUGAGGUGGAAGAGAAGGAGCAAUGCAGUACGGUAUCGGUAUUGGAUCCUCCAUUUGACGAGGACGAUGAGCGCGAAAGCAGUCGUGCCAACGGAGGAGGAGGAGGAGGAGGAGAAGAAGAAGAUAUGGAAUGCAGCUACACGAAUGUACAGAGAGCCAAACAACAGCUCAUGCAAAGGCUAAGGAGAUUUGAAAAACAUGCAGAAUUGGACCCUGUUGAGCUCGAGAAGAAGCUACUGCUGGAAGGAUCAGACGAUGAGGUCCAUGUGGAACGAGAAGUCGAGAACGAAACGAGCCAUUGUCAGCCGACAUGAAGAGGCUCGUGUCUGAUCUCAUAGACAAAGAGAAGAAGCAGAUGGUUCAAUCAGGGGGCAGUGAAGUCGUGAUGGGACGAAUCUGCAACUGGUUGGAUUCGUGGAAGGAGGUCGAGUUCGACACCAUAGAUAUGAUCAUAGGAUUGGAUUUCAAGAAAGAGUUUGAUGGAUGGAUUAAGCAUGGGCAGCAAGUGCACGAGACACAAGUAGAAAUUGAGGUUGCAAUCUAUUUGCUACUAAUUCAGGAAAUAAUAGAAGAAUUUUGUAGAUUUAAAUUUCGAUUAUUAUAGGACUAGUUAUCUGAAUCUUGGAGUUAGUUAUUUAAUUGUAGUAAUCUGAUGUAUGUAAUGUGCAUGCUAAUUAAAUUCUUCAAAAAGGAAA